AUGAGCGUCGACGCAGAAAAGAGCGCCGUCGACAAGGCCGUCGGCGACAACUCGUCCAACUCGGACGUCGACAACAUUGUCGACCCCGAUGCGGGCCUGUCAGAGGAGGAGAGGAAGGCUGCCGAGCGCAAGCUGCUGUGGAAGCUUGACCUCCAGCUCAUCCCGUGGCUCUCGCUGCUGUACCUCAUUUGCUUCUUGGACAGGACAAACAUCGGCAACGCCAAGAUUGCCGACCUGCCGGCCGCCAUUGGCAUCGACAUCAAGAAGGAGCCCGACAGGUUCAAUUCCACCUUGACCAUCUUCUUCGUCUCGUAUGCCCUGUUUGAGGCGCUGUGUAACUUUCUGCUCAAGAAGUUGCGCCCGUCCAUCUUCAUCCCCUCCAUCAUGGUUCUCUGGGGCGCAUGCAUGCUGGGCAUGGGCUUUGUCAAGAACUGGUCCGGCUUGAUGGCUGCUAGAUGGUUCCUCGGCGUCUGCGAGGCCGGCCUCUUCCCCGGCAUCAACUACUACCUGUCGUGCUGGUACCGACGAGACGAGUUCGGCGUCCGCGCCGCCAUUUUCUUCUCGGCGGCCGCCAUUGCCGGCUCCUUCGGCGGUCUGCUGGCGGCGGCCAUCCAGAACAUGAACGGCUUGGGCGGCCUCGAGGGCUGGGCGUGGAUCUUUAUCAUCGAGGGCGCCCUCACCAUCGUCGUCGCGUUCAUCUCCUUCUUCAUGGUGCACGACUUUCCCGACGAGGCCAAGUUCCUCUCCAAGGAGGACCGAGCGCGCGUCAUCCUCCGACUCAAGCGCGACGGCCAGCACUCUGCUGAACACGAGGAGUUCAAGAUCGAGUACCUCUGGGCCGCCCUCAAGGACUGGAAGACGUACGCUGGAAUGCUCAUCUACAUGGGUCCCCUCAUGCCGCUGUACGCCUUCAGCACGUUCCUUCCCAGCAUUAUCCAGUCCAUGAGCUUCACCGACAAGACGCACAUCAUCAAGAACCAGCUUCUGAGUGUGCCACCCUACGCCGUUGCCGCCAUCUUGACUGUUGCUGUUGGCUUCGCGUCGGACAGGACAAAGAAGCGUGGCAUCUACAACAUGGGCUGCGCCUUCAUCGGUAUCAUUGGCUUCAUCAUGCUCAUGGCCACGACAAAUCCUGCCGUGCAAUACGCGGGCACCUUCCUCGGAGCGUGCGGCAUCUACCCCAGCAUCUCCCUUACCAUUGCGUGGAUCGCCAACAACGUCGAGGGCGUGUACAAGCGAGGCAUCGUGCUCGGUUUCGUCAUCGGCUGGGGCAACCUCAACGGAGUCGUGAGCAGCAACAUCUACCGAGACCCGCCCCGGUACUUUACCGGCCACGGCGCCGUCACGGGCUACCUGUUCGUCUGCAUGUUCGGCGGCAGCCUGCUCAUGUGGACGAUGCUCCGGCGGGAGAACAAGAAGCGCCUCAACGGGGAGCGGGACCACUGGGUCCAGGGCAAGACGGAGGCAGAGAUCAACAUGCUCGGCGACAAGCGUCCGGACUUCAUCUACACCCUUUGA